AUGCUUAAUGAAUUUUCUCGCUCCUAUAUUCAUGUUACUAAUGAUACUCUUGAGAAUGUCUUGUUGAAUGUGCCUAAGAUAAGUCCACAAGAGGAAGUGCUAGCAUAUGAAGUAAUGCUCAAUGAGAAGGUUGAAGAAUCAAUUCAAGAAAGCAACACAUCACCACUUGAUCUCCAUCAUGUAAAUGACAAGCAAGAUGUUCUACAAGGUAAGGAAGCACCAAAGGUGGAGUUGAAACCUCUACCUUUGGGCUUGAGGUAUGCAUUUCUUGACUCCAAUAAUGCUUUCGCCGUAAUCAUCAAUUCUAAUCUAACGGAAGAGCAAACCUUCCUCUUGAUCAAUGUAUUGAAGAAACACAAGAAGGCUUUGGGUUAUACCAUUGAUGACCUCAAGGGCAUUGAGGUGGACAAGGCUAAAGUUGAUGUCAUUAAGAAGCUUCCCCCACCUACUAAUGUGAAGGAAGUGAGAAGUUUCCUUGGUCAUGCCGGUUUUUAUCACCGGUUAAAAGAAGCGUUGUGCUCCGCUCCUAUUAUCCAAGGCCCCAAUUGGUCUUUACCUUUCAAACUAAUGUGUGAUGCAAGUGAUGAAGGAAUUGGUGAGGUCUUGGGACAAAGAAAAGAUGGAAAGCUUCAUGUAAUUCACUAUUUUUCAAAGAUCCUCAAUGAGGCACAAAAGAAUCACACUACAACCGAAAAGGAGUUUUUGCGGUUAGACAAAAGGAGAGCCGAAAAUGUGGUGGCCGACCAUCUUUCAAGAUUAGGAGUUGCUAGAGUACAUGAAGAUGACUUACCAAUUAAGGAUGCCUUAAUGGAUGACAUUCGAUAUGCUCUUGAGGAGAAAUCAGAGCCUUGGUGCCAAAGGAUGGGGAACAUCUCUAGAAAGGAAGAAAUGCCUCAAAACCCUAUCCUUGAGCUUGAAGUGUUCGAUGUUUGGGCAAUCGAUUUCAUGGGUCCCUUCAUCUCUUCUCAUGGGAACAAGUAUAUCUUGGUGGCCGCCGAUUAUGUCUCCAAAUGGGCGGAAGUCGUGGCUUCUCCUACAAAUGAUUCCAAGCGAGGGCUUGCUUACCACCCUCAAACAAGUGGUCAAGUGGAGAUAACCAAUAGGGAGCUCAAGGUCAUUUUAGAGAAAAUGGUGGCUAGGACAAGGAAGGAUUGGUCCACCAAGCUCAUUGACUCAUUGUGGGCUUAUAGGACCGCCUUUAAGACUCCAAUAGGGACUACUGCCUAUAAGCUUGUAUAUGGAAAGAAUUGCCACUUGCCCGUAGAAAUGGAGCAUAGAAUGCAUUGGGCAAUCAAGCAAAUUACCUUUGAUCUCCAUAGUGCAGGUGAGAAAAGACUUCUAGAGCUUCAUGAGUUGGAGGAGUUAAGGAUGAAUGCUUAUGAUUGUUCAAGCAUGUACAAAGCAAGAACCAAGGCUUGGCAAGAUGCCCAAAUCGUCAAUAAAGGCUUCGAAGAAGGGCAAAAUAUUCUCCUAUACAACUCUCGUUUAAAGCUUUUUUCGGGCAAGCUAUGGUCAAGAUGGAGUGGGCCAUUCGUCAACACUAAGGUGUUUCCCUAUGGUGAUAUUGAGAUUUCCAAUGAAAAUUAA